GCGGCCUUCCACCGCCGCCAACUAGUUUUUCGUACGCUCAACCGCAACCGCCGCACGCCUCGCGAACCGGCGUCAAUUGCGCAGUCACCGCUGCACUCGACGGUCCGUCCGCGUCACGUGCCCAUCUCCCGUUCCGGUCAGUCGGCGACGAUCGAUCGUUCUCCCAAGCAGCCGAUCGGCGCAAUCGAUUACCUCCGCCGGACAUCCGCUGCUGCACCGGCCGAACGUCUCGAGAACAAUGUCCACCGCCGACUGGGGAUACGAAGAGUCGAACGGACCAUCGGUCUGGCCUCAACUCUUCCCACAAGCCGCUGGAUCCUUGCAAUCGCCCGUAAAUAUUGAGACAUCGAAAUCCACUAAUGACAUGACUCUAAAAUGUCAGCCUUUGUACUGGAAUUAUUGUCCUGAAAUGUGCACAAAAAUCAUUAACACUGGAUAUGGUUGGAAAGUGGAUGCUACUGGUGGUGAAGGUUCCGAACUCUCUGGCGGUCCAUUGGGACAUAAGUAUAAAUUGGAACAGUUCCAUUGUCAUUGGGGAUGUACUAGCUCUAAGGGAUCAGAACAUACCGUCGAUGGAAUUCCUUAUGCUGGCGAGCUACAUUUAGUUCAUUGGAAUUGUGACAAGUAUAAUUCGUUUUCCGAAGCCAUCGCGCACCCAGAUGGUUUGGCAGUACUUGGAGUGUUCUUACAGGCUGGAAUCAAAUCACAUGACGAGUUGGAAAAAAUUGUAUCACUGAUUCCUCAGGUCGCAUUACGCAACCAAGUGGCCGAAAUAACCAAUUCAAUCAACCCGAAAAAUUUGCUGCCUGAGGACGAAACAUACUGGACAUAUCAUGGUUCACUGACGACUCCGCCGUGUUCCGAAUGUGUCACAUGGAUUAUGUUUAAGAACCCCAUCGAAGUUUCCGAAAGACAACUUGACGCGUUCCGGAGCAUGCGGAUGAAAACGCCGGAAGAAUGUUGCUCGGAUCCGCAUGGCGGUCCGCAGCUGGUCAACAACUACAGACCGCCAUUGCCGUUGGGCAGCAGGGUGCUCAGGGAGUGCGGUGCCAUGUAAGACGGCGAUGGAUCGACACCCUUCGCCCGCCAAAGACAAACUAUAUGAUUCCGCCGACCGCCGCCCGCCGCCGCCGCCGUUAACUGCACGCACGCAAAAGCUGUUUACCCAGGUCCUCCACGGUUCUCUUCGUCGUAUUCGUGCGAACGUGGAUUGUAUACGGACGUUUUUUUUUUAUUAUUAUAAUAAUUAUUAUUAUUAUUAUUAUUAUUAUUCAUUAAUUCUGUUUGUUUUAAAGGGAAAACAUAAUUAUUAUUUAGUUUGCUUUACGUUGAAAUGUAUUCGUUCAUGAAAAGAAUUAUAAUAUGAUGCACAAUAUGUGACGGAUAUCGUAAAACUUUAAUUAUAAUUAUUAUAUUAUAACUAAUGAUUAUAGAUUCAUACUUUGCGAUACGAUUGUAUAAUGAUUAUUAUUAUUAUUUUUAAUCAUCAAUUAUUAUUUUUAUUUUAUACAUACAUAUAUACACGUAUGUAUACAUAUGUUAUAACUAACACAGGCGUUCGCCUUUUUUAUUUGUUAAUCAUAAUAUUACGUUUUGAGAGUAAUUGAUUAUUUUUUUUAAUUAUAUUAAUUUUUCUUUUCUAUAAUUCUACUUACGAUAUUAUAUACGAUUAAUAUUUUAGUAUAUUUUAUCAUUAAUUCGUGUGAAUUAAUACGCACAUGCAUAUAUUUUGUGAAACGAAUUACUAUGUUGUUCUAAAACAAUAAAUACACGGUGUUUUAAUUCAUUUUUA